UCUGCCUGCUGCCUCCGCAGCGCGCCUCUAGCUCUCCCUGUGCUAACUGCCUGCGCCUGACAGCCCGGGCUGCGCAAAGCAGAAAGAUUAGUUGGGACCUGUCUUGGCGACUCCAUGGCAUCCCCACGAACCGUAACUAUCGUGGCCCUCUCUGUGGCCCUGGGACUCUUCUUUGUUUUCAUGGGGACUAUCAAGUUGACCCCCCGGCUCAGCAAGGAUGCCUACAAUGAGAUGAAACGUGCGUACAAGAGCUAUGUCCGAGCCCUUCCUGUGCUGAAGAAACUGGGCAUCAACUCCAUUAUCCUUCGAAAAAGUAUUGGCGCUCUUGAAGUGGCCUGUGGCAUCGUCAUGACCCUGGUCCCUGGGCGUCCCAAAGAUGUGGCCAACUUCUUCCUGCUGUUGCUGGUGUUGGUUGUGCUCUUCUUCCACCAGCUGGUCGGCGACCCUCUCAAACGUUAUGCGCACGCUCUGGUGUUCGGCAUCCUGCUCACCUGCCGCCUGCUGAUUGCGCGCAAGCCGGAAGACCGUUCUGAGAAGAAGGCCUUGCCUGAGAGCGCAGAAGAGGAGCAGCCCUCCUUAUAUGAGAAGGCCCCGCAGGGCAAAGUGAAAGUGUCUUAGGAAACUGGAAGUGCAAAAAGUGGACCUUCUAGGCAGUUGCCUCCCUGACACCCAAGAAGAUAUCAGUGUGUGUUUUUCAUUUGAUUUAUUGUUCUUAGGGGAAAAGCAAAAAGUACAAACUGCAAGUUAAUUGGCUUGUGUACAUCUAUACCCUAAAGUGACCUCCCCACAUUGACAUUCGUGCACCGCCUUUAGUCACCCUGGAGCAACGCUCACAUGUUGCUGCAUGUACAUGUGUGUGGCUACUAUUGAGCUGUGUUUGUGAGGUGGACUCCAGCAAGCACGUGACUGUGAGAUUCUGUGGGGGGGGGAAUGUAUUGAACUGCCAUGUGUGUGAGUAUACACGCAAGUGUGGAGGAGGGGGCUCUGAACUAAUCCUGCACAGGUACCCUUCCCUUUAUACAUUGAUUCCAGCAAAUGUAGAAUAGGGAACCCUCCUGGUACGAGAAUCCUAUUCUAGCAGAAAAGAAAGAACCUAUUUCCACGUGGGGUGGAACUCCCUCUCUGCAUUAAGCUGUAAACUUAAACUCACCAUUUUACAAGAAGAGUUUCUUCAAUUUAAUUAGCUUCUAAUUCGGCUUUUAAGUUUGAAACACUCAACAUCAAAUUUAAUUCAAACAGGGGAUAUGUGCAGGCAAUAGAUAGUGUGCUUCUUCAAGCGGCACAGUAGGAAGUCUCUCCUCGCCUUUGUUUGGGUCCAAGCGACUGAGCUCUUUGGCUAGCAGUUUGAAAUUUAAUUAACAGUCUUUUACUAGACACAGCCAAAUUUGGUUUUAAGCCCAAAGCUGCCUCACUUUCACUAUUCUCAGUAGCCAACCAGGGUCUGACAGCUUCCCCACAGUUUCCACCGAGGGACUAGCGAUUGGUCCUGUUUAAAGUUUGAAUCUCCAGCCCUAGCGGUUUUCUGAAACCUGAAAUUGGAUGGAAAAGCUGUAUCCAGUGUUUACCUAUCAGAGGAGUCCUCUACUCUUAUUGAUUUGUCACCGAACUUUGUGAAUGUUUAACAGAGUCCAAAAUACCCCCAGAAGUGUCUGUUUUACAUCUCUUCAGCAUUCAGCAGGUGGAGUUAGCUAGGGGAAGGACAUUUGACAUGGCUUAGUUGGAUUGAGCAGUAUGGAAAUUUGCUUUCGUAGUUACAUACUGCUGUUUCUUUGUCAAAUGUGCUUUAAUGGUUUUAAUGUUGUGCCAGGGAUGGGAAAGGGGGCAGGGGCUGUGUGUG